GGAGUGUCCGUCUGUGUCUGUCUCGCGCGCUGCCGGUGUGUUUAUAGUCAAGGCGCGCACACACACGCGACCGCGCAAUCUUAACGACACUCAGAUCACUGACAUCUCGCCAGAAAGUGGAAUAAAAGUGUCUAGAACGAGAAAAGACGAUUGGGGAACAACACUCGCAUCAGGAAGGUGAUAAGUGAUGUGACAGGAAACUCUCUCUGUUCCGUCAGGAAGCUGAAGAUGAGGAUUGUGGAAUUGUGGAGGACUGGACUCUUCAGUCUCCUGCUGCUCUCUCUGCUCAACUGUAAUGCUGGAAACCACAACACACCGCGACUGCAGCUCACACACACAGAAUUGAGGUCGAGGAACGGCUCUGCAGUGUUCUGGGAUGGUGGGGAAGGAGGAGCAUAUCAGGCCCUGCUGCUGGAUGAGGACCGCGGAUGGCUGCUGGUUGGGGGCCGAGACCACAUCUACAUGCUGAACUCUGACAGCCUCACACAGCCGUCACGCAAGAUUCACUGGCCAGCUGGACAGGAACACAUUGAACGGUGCAAAUAUGCAGGAAAGAAUCUAUCGAUGGACUGUGCCAAUUAUGUGAGACUCCUGCAGCCUUUCAACAAAACGCAUGUCUAUGUAUGUGGAACCGGUGCGUUUCACCCACAGUGCACUUACAUUGACCUGGGGCAUAAUCUGGAGAAACCAACCUUCCAGCUCCUCAGUCAUGUCGCUGAGUCCGGUAGAGGAAAAUGCCCCUUUAGUCCACAGGAACCCUUUACUGCCCGACUGACAGAUGGAGAGCUGUACGCUGGGACAGCCGUAGACUUCAUGGGAACAAACGCUGCCAUUUUUCGCACAUCUGUGCAUAGCAGCAAUCAACACUAUAUCCGCACUGAAGCUUACCAGGACCACUGGCUAAAUGAGCCAGAGUUUGUGGGAUCAUAUUCCAUCCCUGACACACACAGCUUAGACGAUGACAAAGUAUACUUCUUCUUUAAAGAGACCGCCGUAGAGUCGAACCAGCUCGACAAGCGUAUCUACAGCCGAGUGGCUCGUGUCUGCAAGAAUGACAUUGGUGGAAAACGAAGCUUGAUUAACCGCUGGAGCACCUUCUUGAAGGCCAGACUUGUGUGCACAGUUCCAGGACCCGGGGGCAUGGACACACACUUUGACGAGCUGGAGGACAUAUUUCUCUUGGAGACCAAAGAUCCACAGAAUCCAGUCAUCUACGGAGUCUUCUCUACCUCCAGCUCUGUCUUCAGGGGUUCGGCUGUUUGUGUCUAUUCCAUGGCUUCCAUCCGAGCUGCAUUCAACGGACCCUUUGCGCAUAAGGAGAGUCCUGAUUAUCGCUGGAUGGAGUACAAGGGAAAAAUCCCUUAUCCACGGCCCGGAACGUGUCCGAGCGAGACCUACGAUGCUUUGCACAAGUCCACUCGUGAUUUCCCAGACGAUGUUGUAAGCUUCAUGAGGGCCCAUCAGCUGAUGUGGGAGCCAGUGGUGCCCAUUCACAGACGUCCCGUCUUCACUCGUAUCAACACCCCAUACAGGCUGAAGAAGCUUGUGGUUGACAGGGUAGAUGCGGAGGAUGGCCAAUAUGAUGUUCUGCACCUUGGCACAGAUGAUGGCAGAGUACUUAAGGUGGUCUCCGUACCUAAAGAGAACUGGGAAAUUGAGGAAAUCAUACUAGAGGAGUUAGUCGUCUUCAAGACUCAGACCCCAAUAUUAAGCAUGGAGCUGUCCACCAAGAGGCAAGUGCUGUUCAUAAGCAGUGAUGAGAAUGUCGUCCAGCUUCCCGUUCAGAGAUGUGAACAGUAUGGUAAAGCGUGUGUUGACUGCUGUUUAGCUCGAGAUCCGUACUGCGCUUGGGACGGCUCCUCAUGUACUAACUACUUCCCCAGCAACAAAAGGCGCGCCCGGAGACAGGAUGUGAGGUAUGGAGAUCCUUGGAGCCAAUGUCAGGACAUGAGAGACGGCUCUGAGAAUGCUGAACUGAAGACGGUUUACGGUGUGGAGACAAACUCAACUUUCCUGGAAUGCGUCUCAAAUUCACCACAAGCCACCAUCAAGUGGAUAUUUCAGCCAAAUCACAGUCAAAACAGCAGAGAGUUGGUUCCUGGUGAAGAAAACCUUCUCCACAUGCAGCGAGGUCUCCUCCUCCAACAGAUAACCUCCUCUAAUGCUGGCCUGUACCUCUGCAUGGCCUUCGAGCACUCCUUCUCCCGUACGCUAGGUCGCUAUGAGCUUCACGUCAUCCCACAGAACCAAAUGUCAAGAGCCCAGAACAACCAUCCCGGAAAUCAUGCAGCCUCACUGCGGAGCUACAAGGAACUACACUUAAUGGGAGUUGGCGGGCUAAUGGCCGACGAGUACUGUGAGCAUCUUUGGUAUCGCGAGAAACGGCGACAGCACAAGCAUCGCACGCUAAAGUGGAAACAGGUGUCUGAAAACCGUAAAGCCAGAGUGCGGCGGCAGAAUCCACCCAACGAGCCUCUAGAUGGAGGUGAAACUGCGGACUUUGAGUGACAAAUGUGUGACUUUUAUUUGGACAAAUUAGCACAUUGCAGCGAAAUGGCUACCAGCUACUGCUAGCACAACAACGCAACUGAGGGCCACAGUACACGAGAACUAUAUUAUUCUUUUAAAACAAAAUAUUAUGUAGCUUGUGCUAGUGUUAGCAUGUAGCUUUAACACAAGUAUAAUCAAAAAGCCUGCCGGUGUGCAACUGAAUUUGCACAUUUUACGUUAUUUUCACUCUGUUUAUAUUGUUUGUUAACAUUUAUGAAAGACAAACGCCUAAGCUAAAUGCUAGAUAUUGUUCAAAAGCUAAUUCUGAAAUAGACAAGCUAACGCGCUGCCCUAAGCUAAUUGUAGCGCAAAGAAACUGAUGUCGAUGGCCAUAAAGAAAUCUGAUCCAUGGAAAUAUAUACAAAUUACAUAUGUGACGUCAUAUUUAUAUAUAGUGUGUGGGGUGGCAGGGUGGCUCAGUAGUUAGCACUGUUGCCUCACAACAAGAAAGUUGCUGGUUCAAAUCCCGGCUGGGCCAGUUAGCAUUUCUGUGAGUUUGCAUGUUUUCCACAUGUUUGCAUGGGUUUCCUCCAGGUGCUCCCGUGUUCUGUCCAUUUGUCCUACCUUGUCAGAUUGUCCUACCUCCCAUUCAAAAUGUAGGUAUCACAUUUUGAUGAUGCUACCCAUCAGAUUUUGCUAGUAAAUUUUAAUGUGGAGUAGUGUGAUAUGAAGCUGUAAAAUCACCCUAACCUAUCUAAUCCCUAACCCCAGAACCAUUCAAAUACAGUGUCUGAUGGGUAGGAUAAAAUGCCAGGACACCUGGUUUCCUCCACAGUCCAAACACAUGCGCUAUAGGUGAAUUGAACAAACUUAAUUGGCCGUAGUGUAUGAACGUGUGUAUGGGUGUUUCCCAGUACUGAGGUUGCCGCUGGAAGGAUAUUCGCUGUGUAAAACAAAUGCUGGAAUAGUUGAUGGUUCAUUCUGCUGUGGUGAUCCUUAAUUAAUAGGGGAUUAAACCAAAGAAAAUUAAUGAAUGACUAUAUUGUGUGCGUAAACUGACAUUUUUGCUAUAUAUUUUGAAAUAUUUGUUGCAUAUAUGACAUGUUUAUAUAUGCAAAAUACUAAUUUGGACUUGUAUGUCAUGUAAUUUGCAUAUAUUCCCAUAUAUCAGAUGUCAAUAUGGGUUAAAUAUUCCCCAGAUAUAUAUGUCACUGUAUAUUGCUAUAAUUUUUGGACUCUUGAUAUGGUCAAAUGUAUAAACCUGAAGGUUGUUCAGACAACAGCAGGUGCCUCAGUGCGUUCAGAGGAAGUUUGCCCAGGAUGUGCCCUUCAUAUGUUUCCUUCCUCUUCAAGAACAAUCUCUUCUGCUCUUUCCUGAGAAUAUCCCUGAGUAAAUAUUGUGUUUGUUUUA